AUGUCUGAGCUGGAGGAGAUACUCUGUCGACCACAGGAUCCCAACCACUUCGUGCCUCGCAAACCGGAAAAUUUUUCUGCAUUUUGCGAUGACCUCCCGCUGGGUGCGUGGAAAGCGCCUUUCUCACCUCUUCAAAUGGCGGCCAAUCUCGGCAAGCUUGAUGCCAUACGUCUCCUCCUUGAGGCUCGUGCAGACCUGGGGCCGGCCAGCUGCAGUAUGAGAAGUCUUAUUUUGGUCAACCAUCCGGGCAGUCUUGACUCCAUGAUGCUGCUGCUUGAGGCCAGGGCGGAUGCAGAUGAUGGCAGGAGCGCGCUGUCGUUCGCCGCUGGGCUCGGGAGAGCGAGUGCAGUGCAAGUGUUGCUGGACGCCGGAGCACAAAAGGAUUUAGAAGAUGAAUCUGGCGUGACACCGCUUCUACAAGCAUGCCAUUCUGGGCACCUGCAUGUUGUACAUUUGCUGCUAGCUGCAGGUGCCAAACCAGCUGCAUGCUGCAAGAAGGGCAUAUCCUACCUUGCAGCAAGGCAGGGGCGCAGGCUUUUGCAGGUUCAGCCACUGCUUUGCAUGUUCAGAUCGUCGCAGGCGAGGCACCGAAUUUUGACGCGUUUGCUGAAUCGGCGGCUACUUGCGGCCUCCAGAUGGUUGCGGGCAAGGCGCCGAGUUGCAACACACCAGCUGGUGAAGCCGCGCUCAAAGUAG